AUGGCGGGGAUGGCACUGCCCCUCUGCCUGGUCCUCGCUGCCGCCCUGCAGGGUGGCCUGACCCGGGCCCCGGGGCCCCCGGCCCGCCCCGGCCCCCUGCUCCUGCGGCUGCGGCGCCUGGAGGAGCAGUUUCUUCGGCUGCAGGAGGUGACGCUGAACCAUCUCCAGAGCAUCGCCAGCAACUACAACAUCUCCUACAACAUCGAUGGACGUUUCCAGGCACUGGCGGAGCAGGCAGAGGCGGCCGACGCUGCCCGGUCCGCCCUGGGUGCCGAGCUGGCCCGGCUGGCCACCGCUGGCCGACGGCUGCGCCGCAGGCUGAAGAGGCUGGAGGGGACAGUGGGUGCCCUGAGCCCGCUGCUCACCCACCCGCCAGCUGCGCUGCUGGAGGCUGGCACCAAACCGCACGGUCUGCCAGACGCUGCCCGGGGCCGGGGCAGCCAGCUGGAGCAGCAGCCACCGGCCCAGGCUGUCCCGUUGUGGCAGCAACAUCGGCAGGAAGAAGGGCACUGGCUGCCGGCUGAUGCCGGGCCUGGUGGAGCGCCCGGGGAGGAUGAGGAUACCCCUCGUGAUGCAGCCCCAGGACCCCAGACCAUGGCACCGGUGCUCCUCACCGGAACCACGGUCCCCCGGGAGCAGCCCCCGGCCCCCCAGCAGCCGGGAGAGGGUAGGUACCGUCCCCCCACCCCGGCGUCCGACUCCCCCGCCUGUCGCACCGGUGCCGUCCUGCUCUUCCCCAACUCCUCCGCUGAGCACAGGGCCGUCCUGGGGCUGGGGCCACAGCGGGGGCUGCGGGCGAUGUCCCUCUGUGCCUGGCUGGCCACCCCAGCCCCUCGCCUCGGUCCUCUCCUCUCCUACGGCACCGAGGACGGGCACAGCGAACUGGCCGUGCACGGCCACGGUGGAGAUCGCCCCGGCUCUGCACGUUUCAUCGUUGGGGACCGGCAAUUUCGGGAUCUCCCGGUGGUGCCGCUCCUGGAUGGCAAAUGGCACCACCUGUGCCUCACCUGGUCCUCCGGCCAGGGCCAGUACCGCUUCUACGUGGACAGGAGGCUGCUGGCUGCCGGCUCCGGCUUCCAGCAGGGCUAUGAAAUUCCCGCUGGUGGCUCGCUGGUGCUGGGCUGGUGGCAGGACGGCCCCAACAUGGACUUGGGCACUGCAGAAGGUUUUGUGGGUCACCUGGCUGGUUUCGCUCUCUGGAGACGGGCUCUCCUGCCUGGGGAGGUGGCCAGAAUGGCGACCGGGCGGGGGCUGCCCCAUGGCCCCCUCCUCACACUGGCCGAUGCCUUGGUGCAGGGCGGGGUGCGGAGGGUGGCGUGUCCCUGCCUCCAGCGCUGCCUUUGACGAGGCUGACAGCAGGAAUGGUGCCGGCUACCAGCGGUCACGGCUGGCUCAUGGUGCCGUUCCCGACACGAGCUGCAUCCGCCCAGCGUGAUGGGACAGCCAGCAGGGAGGGCAUCUCAGGACCAGCCCCACCAGAGGAGGGGAAAAGGGAAAAGGCAGCCAGUACGGCAGAGGUGGGACCAAAGCCGGAGGUCUCCUUCUCCUAAA